UUAAGAAAAGAGAUAUCCUACCACUGAUCGAGAUCAAGUUUCCUCCUCCAAACAAUGGUGGCUGCCAAUGGCACUAGUUGCUUCUCCAUGUCUCUCUUGCAACUUUGGCCUGAGUUCCUCGUCUCCUUUUUCUGCCUCGCCCUCUUCUAUUGUUACCUCCGCCUCUUUUUCAAAAAUCCGACUGCCGUGCCGAUGAAUUGGCCCGUCGCCGGGAUGUUGCCCAGCCUUCUGGCCAACCUCAACGGACUGCACGAUUGGACCACCGAGAUCCUCCGGGAGACCGGGUGCACCUUCUCGUUCCGGGGGCCCUGGUUCAUGGGCAUGGACUCCGUCCUUACCUGCGACCCUGCGAACCUGCAGCACGUCUUCAACGCCAACUUCUCCAAUUACCCCAAGGGCAACGAGUUCGCCGAGAUCUUUGACAUCUUCGGCGACGGAAUAUUCAACGCGGACGGCGAGAUGUGGAAGCGGCAGCGAGCGAAGGCGCACGGCUUGUUCAUGGGUCCGAGCUUCCGGUCCUUCGUCUUCGCCGCCAGCCACAAUAAGGUUGAGAAGGGGCUGCUACCGCUCCUUGACGAGCUCGCGCGGCGGGACGAGGCGGUGGACUUGCAGGACGUGUUUCUCCGGCUCACUUUCGACAUGACCUCCUACUUGGUCUUCGGCGUUGACCUCUGCUGCCUCUCCAUCGACUUCCCUACUGUCCCCUUCGCGCGGGCCAUGGACGACGCCAUGGCGACGUUGCUGCUCCGCCAUACCGUGCCGCCGGCGUGGUGGAAGUGUAUGAGGUGGUUCCGCGUCGGCGCAGCGGAGAGGCGGAUGGCGGCGGCUUGGAAGGAAAUCGAUGGUUUCAUAUCCAAAUGCGUGGCGGAGAAGAGGAAGAAGAACUCCUACCACGACAAAACUAACACCGACCUACUCUCGUCUUACAUGAACGACGACGACCAAGAAGGAGCAGCAUUCCACCACAAGUUCCUCCGCGACACGGCCAUGAACUUUAUGCUCGCCGGAAGGGACACCACCGGUGCAGCUCUGUCAUGGUUCUUCUGGUUGCUGUCCAAGAAUCCCACGGCGGAAGCCAAAAUACUGGAGGAACUAAAGACCAUAUCUCCAGAAAAGGAUCGAUCGAGCUCCGCCACGGUUCUUUUCGAGGCAGAGGGGCUGGGGAAGAUGGUGUACCUCCACGCCGCCCUAUGCGAGGCGCUGAGGCUGCUCCCGCCGGUUCCAUUCGAGCACAAGGCAGCGGUGCUACCUGAAACGCUCCCGAGCGGGCAGAGAGUGGAGCGGGGCACCAGAGUGCUGGUGUCUCUGUUCUCGAUCGGUCGGAUGGAGGGGGUGUGGGGGAAGGACUGCUGCGAGUUCCGGCCGGAGCGGUGGAUCUCGGAGAAAGGGAGGCUGCGGCAUGAGCCUUCGUAUAAGUUCAUGUCCUUCAACUCGGGGCCGCGGACAUGCCUGGGGAAGGAGGUGGCCUUCACUCAGAUGAAGGUGGCGGCGGCGGCCAUGCUCUACAAUUUCCAGGUGGAGGCGGUGGAAGGGCACGUAGUGGAGCCGAAGCUUUCGAUAAUCCUUCACAUGAAGAAUGGAUUCAAGGCCAGGAUUAAGAGGAGAUGUUCAUCGGCAUGAAACGCUCCGGCCGACCGGAUUAGGAGCUGCGCUCAUCUUUACCAAUUAUCACUCUGGUUAAUAAUUAAAUAUGUGGAUUAAGAAAUAAAUAAUUGCAGGAGGUUUUAGCUUGCAAAGUAAUCUCACUAAUGAAAUAACUGGAAAAAAGUUGUAACGAGCAGUGUUUAAUUUGGAUCAAGCUAGUGUUUUUUUUAGUUGUCAUUAGGCAUCACCCUGUAGGUGACAGACAGGCCAUUGUA